ACCUGUCUCAGGGAAAGGACUAACACAGGUGUGUUGGAACUUGGGCUACUGCCAGAGCUAGAUUAUGAGCUCAUUUGAUCCACAGAUACACUCACCACCACGCUGCAGCCCACAAUUUCCAAACAUCGGCCAGGAACCACCUGAAAUGAACAUCUACUAUGAAAAUUUCUUCCACCCACAGAAUGUUCCUAGUCCUCAAAGGCCCACAAACUUCGAAACAGGGGACUACUCUGCUGCACCCAAUCCUUACUUGUGGUUAAAUGGACCUUCCAUUAAUUCUUCGCCUUACCUGCCAGGAUCCAACAGUAGUCCAUACAUCCCGCCAUCCUAUGGAAUGCAAAGGCAGCUCUUGCCCAACAUGCACGGCUUGACAGGGAAUGAAAUGGGCUGGCUCCCUAUGCCUUCUCAAGAGGAGCUGAUGAAGCUGGUCAGGCCACCUUAUUCCUAUUCUGCCCUCAUUGCCAUGGCUAUCCAUGGGGCACCAGACAAGAGGCUGACGCUCAGUCAGAUCUACCAGUAUGUUGCAGACAACUUCCCCUUCUACAAUAAAAGCAAGGCUGGUUGGCAGAACUCUAUUCGUCACAAUCUGUCCCUCAAUGACUGCUUCAAAAAGGUGCCCCGGGAUGAAGAUGAUCCAGGGAAAGGCAAUUACUGGACUCUGGAUCCCAACUGUGAGAAGAUGUUUGACAAUGGAAACUUUCGGCGGAAAAGGAAGAAGAAAUCUGAUUGUACUGCCAGCACAGUGUCUUUGGCUUCUGACAAAUCAGAGGACAGUGCCUUAAGUGGCAGUCCCAAGGCUCCAGAACACCCAGAUAUCUUGGAAAGCUCAUCGGGAACAGAUAGCUCACCUGAAAAGAGGUCUCCGCCACCACCAUCCACUACUCCUUGCCUCAAUAAUUUCCUCUCCAGCAUGACAGCAUACAUGAACGGGUCCAAUUCGGUGAGCCGCUCAAUGCCCCUGGGACUUGGCACUGAUGCUGGUGACAAAAUGGGACAGAAUAUGGUAGGCUUCAACUCAUACUCUCCUCUUCCCAGCCAUGGGGGUGGAGAGUGGUCCAAUUCUAUGUCAUCUGGUCCUCUUGGCUAUAGCAGUUCAGUUCUCAACCAGUUCAAUACCAGUUUCUACAACAGCCUUGCUGUCAAUAAUACUCUGUAUGCCAGAGAGGGAACUGAAGUGUAACAAAUGGAGGCCUUGCAACAGGAGGAGCAUUGUGUAAUAAGUCAGAAAGAGGAAAUAUUUCAGGGAAAAGGGCUUCACGUGAGCUCCCCUGUCCCCAAUUUUUCUUAGACUAACCAAAGAUUCUCUAUUAACAUGUUUCCAGACAGGGAUGGUCAUAGAAUUCAGCGGCUUCAAAUCAUGUGAAGACUUCAACUCAUCAUAAAAAUGUUAAAGAAGAGCACGUCCUUUUAACUUGCACAUUAGUCAAUCAGAAAUAAUUGGUUCUAGACUUUUUUACAUUAAAGCAGAACAGAGUGAUCACUUUAGACAUAACCCUGCCUUGGAAAAUCUACCCUCUUUUUGCUUUCUAUGCAUUCCGUUUGAGUACAAAAGUACAAUAAAGAAAAACAUUAUAAUCUUCACUAGUUGGGUUGAAUAGGAUCUCUUACUUAACUGAAAACUUGGCAUGAUCCAGCUGAUAAUCAGUGUGCUUAAUAUCUCAUUUAUUCAAUGGGAGAAUGCUUAUGCUUCUCAUCCACUGAAAAAUACUUACCCUGGGCUGGAUUCACUAAAUGAAAUGUACUAUUUCAUCAGUGUAAUGUGAUAUGCAGAGAAGGUAAACAAGGUUUGGGAGUAAACUUCCAUCACCCUUUUCCUAAUAUCCAGAAAAUACAUAAAUAAAAACUUGACUUUUUAUUA